GGUGGAGUUACUGAAUGUUGUGCUCGUAGGUUUGGUUUAGUCAGCUGCUGGACUUGCUACUCUAGUUUGAAUUAGGCUGCGGUGGGGGAAGGACAUUGUCCCCGUUGUCUCCUUAUUUUGUGUGAUUUGGAUAACGCUGUAGCAAGUGGCGACGUGCCUCGAUAAAAGGUUGCCAAUUCCUGGAUUAUUCGCGAAGUAGAGCUCGCGUCCACACCAGUCGAGCAGUGGAUUGGAGCUACACUACCAGUUUUAUUUCUCCUCUGUUUGGCGCAGGCGACUCCGCGUGGAUAUCAACGUGUUGACUGAGGGCGAAUGGGAAGCGUUGCGCCUCUCUUCGAAGCUAAGGGCAAGCGAAGGAGAACAAACCUCUACAACUGAAGCACAUUUUCCCGUCGUUCCAACAAUCUCGUGGAAUUCAAGCGCGGCGAAAUUGGAUUUUAAUUUGUGUUUGUGUGGGGAAUGUAAUUGAACGCCACGACACUGCGCUCACGCCGAUACGAAGCAACCUCGUUCACUGCUGCAGAGUGAGAGUGCUCAGUAGGCAAAUGUUCACCAUGGGAUCGCGCCUGUGACUCUGAUGGUUUCAGUCAUACCACGGUUUUCACGGGUGUGGAGCAUUUCUUCUGUUCUGGUUUGUAAACAAUACAAGGCACCGUUGAACUUGAUUGAAUCAAACGUGCAUCCAGUACUGUAAGCUGACGACAUCAAAUGUUUUUUAAACGGGUAAAGACCGUAUAUGUGCUGUAAACAUUUUAGUAUUUAGCUUGCAAACUAUCUUUGUCAGCAGUCGGUACAAAAUGGGUAACAGUUUCUCUAAUAUAUCCGCAUUUCAGUCCCUUCAUAUUGUCAUGUUGGGUUUGGACUCUGCCGGUAAAACGACCGUUCUUUACCGACUGAAAUUCAACGAGUUUGUCAAUACCGUGCCCACGAUUGGGUUCAACACGGAGAAGAUCAAACUGAGCAAUGGCACUGCAAAGGGGAUCAGCUGUCACUUCUGGGACGUCGGCGGACAAGAGAAAUUAAGGCCUUUGUGGAAAUCCUAUAGCAGGUGCACGGAUGGUAUCAUUUAUGUGGUGGACUCUGUGGACGUGGACAGGCUAGAGGAGGCCAAAACAGAACUUCACAAAGUCACCAAAUUCGCUGAAAACCAAGGGACUCCACUUUUGGUGAUUGCCAAUAAGCAGGAUCUACCUAAGUCCCUUCCCGUGGCUGACAUUGAAAAGCAGUUGGCGCUUCAGGAGCUCACCCCUUCCACCACCUACCACGUGCAGCCAGCCUGUGCCAUUAUUGGGGAUGGACUACACGAGGGCAUGGACAAAUUGUACGAGAUGAUCGUUAAAAGGAGAAAAUCGUUGAAACAAAAGAAGAAACGAUAACUAUUCACAACAAAACUUGUGCUGGCUCCACCCUCAACCCCCCACCCCACCCCUGGCACAAUUUAGUUCUGUAUAGCUCAGUAUUUUUGGUUGAUGCCACUGCUGACCCGUCUUGAAAUGUUUACUUUGCAGUAAUUUUGGAACUGGGAUGAUGGCAUAACUACUGCUGCUAGGAACUCUCUUCAGUCCCCAAGUGUGACUUAUGAUGCUCACAAGAGGACAGGCUAAGGAUGCUGGAAGUUCCCACCCCCCCUCCCCCCCCACAAAGUUAACCAAAAUAGAAAAAUAAAUAACUUGCAUUGACUAAAGACUAACACAAAAAGUUCAAACAGGCUGGACCCUGUUUGUCACUGCUUCUUUGUGGAACAUAAAUGUAGCUUUGCAGUUUAAGGAGUUCAUUAAAAAGCACUGUGAUUUUGAGAAAUUACUCGGGACAUUAGGUGCAGUUCCUUGUUAAUUUACAUGGAAUGCUUUUUAAGUUUCAUACUUUUCUUAUUUUUCUUACUUUGCACGUAAUGUGGAUGUAGAUCAUGCACAUUGAGUUGACUCUUUCCAUUUCUGAAAACCUGUGUUUCAGCCUCAUGAAUUUGAUUAAUAACAUGGAACUGUAGGAAUUUAGGUAUUGCCUGCUGUGGGUGAUAGGCUAAAUGACUAAAUUUACUGUAUGAUAAUGAUAUUUUGCCUCCGUUCUGAAGUGGUUUAAAGUAGGCGUGUACAGGGUUGCAAAAAAACAUUGAAGUAAAUUGUAUUUAGCAUGCUGGUGUAAACUCACCAGAGAAGGUUUGCGUACAACAUGCACCCUUACAGUUGCAAACACAACUUUGCACUUUUCUUUUUUUUU